AUGGCGCUGGAUGCAUCCAGUGGUUAUGUCGCUCCCGGCAAUCUGGCUGAUUCCCCCGACGCCUCUCUCUCCAUGUUCGAUGUCCGACGUGUCCAGCUCCAGUUCCCGCUAGCUGCGGACUUCGUUGCUGCGCAGGUCGCCAACAAUGUGCUUGUUCUGGCCCUGUCAACGGGUCGUAUCCUUCGCAUCGACUUGGACACACCCGAGGACAUAGAUGACAUCGACCUCCCGAAGAAGUCGUCGGAGACGGGGGUGAUCCGACGCAUGUUUAUGGACCCUUCCGCAUCGCAUCUAAUUAUCACAACCACCUUGGGCGAGAACUACUACCUCCACACGCAAUCCCGGCAACCGAAACCGCUGUCGCGACUGAAGGGUGUUUCGAUCGAGAGUAUCGCUUGGAACCCUUCGGUACCAACGGCUUCGACGAGGGAGAUCCUCCUGGGAACCACUGAUGGCACUGUAUAUGAAGUCUACAUUGAACCGUCCACGGAAUUCUAUCGCCGCGAGGAGAGACACGUGAGCGUGGUCUACAAGGUGCCGGAAGCUUCGCCGGUAACAGGAGUCUGGGCGGAGCUGGUCCCGACCAAGCCUGACCUGCGACGGGUGCUGCUUGGAACUCAUAGUCGGCUUACUUAUUUCGUUGGCCGUACGGGGCGGAGUGGAAGAGAAGGGGGUAGCUCAAUUUACGCCGAUCUCUUCCAACGGGAAACACCGGUGAUCCAUGAGAUUCAGAAACCGUCCGGCGCGGCGCCGUCAGCAUUGGCCAUUUCCCCGUCUAUGCCUGACGGGCCGACUGCGGAUUCGAAUCUGGACAAGGAGUUUGCAUGGCUCAGCUCGCAAGGGAUCUAUCAUGGCCAGCUACCGUAUGCGUCAGAUCAGAUCAAUCAGCCGUUCGAGAAGUCAAGUAUGCUUUCGCGAUCGGUCUUCCCGGCUAGCGAAUCAGCACGGGGAGGCAGGAAACUCAUCCAGGACCCUAUAUCUGCCUUAACUCUCUCGCAAUGGCACAUUCUGGCGCUUGUCGAAGGAAGGGUUGUUGCUGUCAACCGCAUGAACGAUGAAAUUGUCUAUGACCAGGCAGUACUCGAACCUCGACAAAGCACCCUCGGUCUUCUGACCGACUCGAUGCAGCAUACAUAUUGGCUUUUUACCACUCAAGAAAUCUUCGAGGUCGUGGUUGAAGAUGAAGAUAGGGACGUUUGGAAGAUCUUCCUGCAGAAGCAAAUGUACGACCAGGCUCUUCAGCACGCUCGAACCAGCGCUCAGAAGGAUGCCGUUUCUACCGCCUCGGGCGAUUUCCUUGCGACCAAGGGACGUUAUCUCGAGGCAGCAAAGGUUUGGGGCAAAAGUAGCAAGGGUUUCGAGGAGGUUUGCUUGACCCUGAUCAACCGAGGAGAACACGAUGCUCUGCGAAAGUAUCUUCUUUCCCAAUUAGCGACGUACAAGAAGUCGUCGUCCAUGCAACGGAUCAUGGUUGCAAGCUGGCUAGUGGAAGUGUUCAUGUCUAAACUGAACGCCCUUGAUGAUAACCUAGCCACCAGAGCGGAGCUGGCCGAGGGGACAAGCACCGAAGAAAUCAGGUCCAACCUCGAUGAUGUUCGCGCCGAGUUCCACGAAUUUGUGACCAAAUAUAAACUUGAUCUGGACAAGAAGACCGUCUACGACAUCAUAAGCAGUCAUGGUCGAGAGGAGGAAUUGCUUUUCUUUGCCACGGCCGUUAACGAUCACAACUACGUUCUUUCGUAUUGGAUUCAGCGGGAGAAGUGGUCGGAGGCGCUCAAUGUUCUCCAAAGACAGAGUGAUCCCGACGUCUUUUACAAGUAUAGCAGCGUGCUGAUGACCCACGCUGCCACGGGAUUAGUCGACAUACUCAUGCGACAGACUAAUCUUGAACCUGAACGCCUCAUACCCGCCUUGCUGAACUACAACAAGACGGUAAAUGUUGCUCUUAGUCAGAACCAGGCCGUCCGGUAUUUGAACUUUAUCAUCGUUAAUCAUCCCCGACCCUCGGCUGCAGUACACAACACCCUCAUAUCGAUUCACGCCUCGAGCAACUCCACCUCUGAAGCUGGGCUUCUAACCUACCUGCAAUCGCAACCAUCAUCACCACCCCCGUAUGAUGCUGACUUCGCGCUCCGCCUUUGCAUUCAUCACGAGCGUGUGCAGUCAUGCAUUCACAUCUACAGUGCCAUGGGACAGUAUCUCCAGGCGGUGGAGCUGGCUCUACAGCAUGAUGAUAUUGAAUUGGCAGCUAUCAUUGCCGACCGACCCGAGGGCAAUGACAAACUCCGAAAGAAACUGUGGCUCCUCGUGGCGGAGAAAAAGAUCCAACACCCAGGCACCGGCAUCAAAGACGCCAUCGAAUUCCUGCGUCGAUGCGAGCUCCUGCGAAUUGAGGACCUCAUCCCCUUCUUCCCAGACUUCGUCGUCAUCGACGACUUCAAGGACGAGAUCUGCAGUGCCCUCGAGGAUUACUCACGGCACAUUGACGCGCUGCGCCAGGAGAUGGACAAUUCCGCGCAGACCGCACGACAGAUCCGAAACGAGAUCUCGGGUCUGGACACGCGGUACGCCAUUGUCGAGCCCGGCGAGAAGUGCUGGCUCUGCUCCCUGCCUGUUCUCAGCCGGCAGUUCUUCGUCUUCCCCUGCCAACAUGCCUUCCACAGCGACUGUCUCGGCAAGGAGGUCCUCGAGGGGGCGGGCGGAAAGAAGAAAUACAUCCGUGACCUGCAGGCGCAGCUGAACAAGGGUGACAUUGGCUCUACUCGACGGGAGGAGAUCGUACGAGAACUAGAUGGGUUGAUCGCGGAAGCUUGUAUCCUCUGUGGUGACCACGCCAUCAAACAGAUCGAGAAGCCAUUCAUCACGGAAUCAGAUAGAGCCGACGAAUGGGCUUUGUAA